UUUGGUCUUGAACGCGCGCUAGCGCCACGAAUUAGAGCGCGCAUAAAUAAAACAGCGAAUUGAAAAAUAAAUUAAAUAUAAACGCGGCCAUUAGCCGUCCGUCUAUGAUCUUUUGUUGAAAGUGUGUCAACCAUUGACAGGCGGUUUCGAAUUAGGAACGUUUUCGUGUAGGCAGUGAGUUCUUGGCUUUACAGCGUUGGAUGGACAAUGGGACUUUUCUAUUAGUGAGUUUCGAGUCGGGAAAAUGAAAACGUGCGCGUCCGCGAGUUCUACAUCGCGAUGCAGCGUUGCCCUUACAUCCACGAGAUGAAGGAGCGGCUGCUGGGCGCACCAGUCGACGGAGUGGAGCGCGAUCAACGCACACAGCCUGAGCCCAUCCCCGACCCACAGGUCGGCACUAUCGUCAAACUGAAUUCCGACGGGUACGGGUCCCAUACGUCGCCGGCGCGUGCUCCUCUCGUCACGGACGAGUGCGAAGUGCCGGCGGACGAGACGGACGCCCUCACUCCCACCGAAGCAGUGCUGCGGUACCGCGCCUGCUGUCAACCUAACACCAAACCUAAAAAUGCCAAAACUUCGCUGUUCAUCAUUUCGAGUUUCAUCUAUGCGAAACUUCUGGUGGUCGUAUGCAUUGCAUACGUUAUCAGUGACGUGAUCACUCACAACCUACCGCUUUACUACUAUGAAGGAUUUUUCACAUAUUUAUAUGGCAUGAGCAUACUGUUCUUGCUGUAUGUCUUCUGCUUUCUUUUACAAGAAAGCGCAUGCUGCAACGGAAGUCCACCGAAACCCAAACCUCCACCAAAAGAAAAGAAGCAGAAAAAAGAAAAAGAAAAGAAGACCAAAGACAAAGAAGGCAAAGACGGUAAAGAUGGAAAGGAUGGAAAGAAAGAUGGCAAGAAAGACGGAAAAAACAAAGAUAAAGACAAGAAGGAAGAUGCCGGAAAAGACAAGACCAAAGAAAACAAAAAGCAAAGUCAAUUUCAGGAGGUGUAUCCCCGUAAGAUGCGUGAUAAAGUUCGACAACAACAAUUGCAAAUGCAAAUGGCGCAAUAUUAUGCCUCCGAACAGCAACAAGAUGUGGUGGAGCUUGAAGCAGGUCCUGUGGCACGACCUAUGCGCCGUCGCAAGACUUCCCAGAAUGAACAUAGUCAUGGAAGCUUUUUCCUUCGAAUUGGUGCUAUUGCGUUUGGGCUCGGUACUAUGAUUUAUAAUGGACUGGAGUUCGGGACUUUCUUUGAGUUGCCACUUGAAUCACCGUGCUACCUUAUUCUGAAAGGCGUGAAUCCAGUUCUACAAAUGGUUUUUACCUUCAUGCAAAUGUAUUUUAUAUUCAUGAAUUCCCGAUUAAAUAUCCAUCGAUUCAAAGUUAUCGCUCGUUUUGGAUUAAUGCAUGUAGUUGCUACUAACAUUUGCGUGUGGAUACGGACACUGGUGCUAGAAUCUCUUAAGGAAAUUACUGAUUAUCACGUGAAGAAUCCACAAGGUGUUCCCGGAGAAGGUGUUCUUGGCAAAGUUAUCCGAAAGCAUACCUUAAGGCAUUCUGGGAAAGUUUUUGGGUCUGUAGCUACUGUAACAACAACAUUAGCUACAACAGCUGCUACAUUUGCCAAAUCUACUGGAGAGCAGAUAUUAAAUGCUGUAACUUCGACAGCAGUGCCUGCAACUACUCCAACGACCACGACUACUUCCUCAUCAUAUCAUAAUAUCGGUGGUGGUUCCGUUACUAAAUCUAAAAUAAUCGAAUCAAUAAAAGGUACUAUAGGGUAUGAUACUGGAAUACCCUAUGGUGGGAAUUUGCAAGGUGCAUGGCCAAAUGAUAACCCAUUUACAACUACCUCUACAAUUUCACCAAUUACGGUCGAAGCCGACAAAGCAACAACAACUCAAACAGCUAUGUUGGAAGUAUUCCAAUGGCUGUAUUCAUCGACUAUGAAACCGAUUAUAAGCACGAUGUCCACUUUGGUGGCAUCAAACUCUUCUGGAUCACUGUCUGACAAAGAUGAAUGGGGCAAUAGUAUCGGAACAUAUCGUGUAGAUGAACCACCACAUUUAACAGUUAACAACUCAACAGAAAUUUUUGAAUCCUAUGAUGCUCUGAAUCCUGCUGCACUGAUUGCAAAUAUCGAUAACACUACUGUCUGUGGAAGAAAUCCGAUAAUGGGCACAAUCGUUUCCGAUUCGGCUCCUUAUCUCUAUCCGUUUAUAAUUGAAUAUUCACUGAUUGGAGCUGCUGUAAUAUACGUCAUGUGGAAGCACAUUGGAAGAUAUCCUAGCGUGGCCAACGAUGAAGAUCUGGAAAGACGUCUGGAGGCUGUUCUGUCCCGCAGGGCAGCAGCAUUGGCGGCGGCUCAGCGCGGUAAUCGAGUUGACUGCGCUGGUGCUUCAAAGGGUCUCUUCUGCGGACUUCUACUACUCGUCGCGUCUCUCAUCUGCUUGAUCCUCUUCUUCGUCCUGAUAAGACAUCAAGAGCUAAAACGUCUAUCUAUUUACCUAGCUGAUGUUUCACAUUGUGCUCUGAUGGUGUUGUCCAUUUUGGCUAUACUAAUUGGAUUUAUUCGUGGUAGAAAAAUGAAAUGGAGCUCAAACCCUUCCUCCUUUACCGAACCUCUUCACAGGGUGCAAUCAUUGAAGUUCCGCUCAGAAGAACAGUCUGAUCUGAAUGAUAUACUGCUACGCGUCUCUGCAUUUGGACUAUUCGUGUAUGCUGUAUUCAGUGUGAUCGCUGGUGGAAUGGGAGCUUUUACUCACGAGCCUAACCUCUUAGUCAUGAUUACUGGAUGCUUGAGCGUUCUUCAGGUAGUUCUGCAGCUGUUAUUUAUUGCCGAUGUAUCACGUCGUCGCGUCCAUCUUCCUGAACAGGAACGCAGCAAGCCCGCUCGUCAGGCCGUUACCUUCUUGCUGAUUUGCAACGUCACUAUGUGGUUGAUUUACACAUUUGAGGCUCAAAAAGUGCUUGCCAAUCCGGUUCAACUUGAUUUCUACGGGUUCGUUGCCUGGUCACUCGUCCAACGCUUCACUCUCCCGCUUUGCAUUUUCCAUCGUUUCCACUCAGCUGUUACCCUCGCUGAGAUAUGGAAAACUAGCUACAAAGCGCGUCUUGAGUGAAUAAUGUCGACUACUGGAUGUUAAAAAUUUUAGUCCAAAAUCGAUCACCCUAAACUGGGGAGUAAAACUUGAUUUCGUCCUGGUCCGGGACAGCAAUUUUAAAGUAAGCAUAGAUAUUUUGAUGCGAGUUUCAAGUUUGCGGUAGCUGGUUUCCCAUUAAUAGUUCUUAAGUAACGAUAGGAAGAUAUAAACAGAUUGAUUUAUAUUUUACGGUAGAGACAAACUUGUCCUCAAUUGCUCUCCCGGAAAGUCGUAGUUGACAACUGCUAAAAGUGAAAUAUCGCGAAAUGAACCUGGUAAUCGAACUGUUAAACGAGAUUUGUAUUUUGAUUUUUUUUACUUUGUAUCACAUUCCACAAUACAAUAGUUUUGGUUUACAUUUAGUUAUUUUGAAGACUGAAUGAGCAGAUCGUCACGAAAACUAUUAAAUACGUAUUAAAUAAUUGCUCACGGUAUAACAUACACACAAAUUUUAUCUCCAGUUGUGAAAAGAUCCCUCCUUUUUUAGACAUAAUUUGAGUGCCAUGGUUAUAGAAUUUAAGAUCUUUUAAAAAUUGACAAUAUUUUACAAUUUCAUUUACUCGUCAGUUAGGUUCACGAAUACAACAUGAAAGCAAUAGAUUUUAUCUAGGAAGCCUUAUUUUAAUAUCAUCUUAGUGUAGACGGAAUUAAUUUCCACAACUAUACUUAAACAUUUUCCGUAUUUGAGAAGCUUAGAAUAUUUUUAAAAUUAGGAAUAAUAUUGCUAUGAAAGUAUCAAAAGAUUUAUUAGAGCUACGUAAUUAUUCGAGAUAGAAAAGUAGGGUAAUUAAAUACGAAUAUUAUAAAUAGUGGACGUGUCGAAAAUUAAUAUCUUAUUAAUGUACUUAAAGUUACAGAAACACCAGAUCGAAUGAUAAUAUAUGGAUAGCAGUAAACUGCUUGAUAAGGAUAAGUUGGGUAUUUGAUUUUAUUGCCAGGGGCCAUGAAAAGUCUAAACAUUUAUCACUGUCGCACUCUUCUGCAUUGCGUGUAUUUUUAGCGUUUUUGGAAUAAAAUUUAUUAUUCUAGAUAUUAAAAACUUUUUGGAAUGAAUGAAUGUUAGUUGAGAUUAUUACGUGUGAAGUUUAGCUUCUAAUUUCUUACAAGAUGUUUUCUCUGUAAUAAUUGGUGUCUUAUACUACUUUCGAUUAAUUUUCGUUAAUAUCUCAAUGCAAAUAUUUUCGUAACGAAUAUUAUGUGCAAUCUAUUUUUAUAGGCUGACUUAUUUUACAUUCUAGGUGAAUAACCUAAGUGUAUCGAACGCGUUAUGCGCAAUAUCAUUUCUAUUUUACAGAUUUUGUAUAAAUAGGUCAUAUAAAAUUAUUUAUAAAAUAUUUAUUAAUUUUGUAAUUAACUUUAAGGUUUAAUCGUAUCUGAUUGCUCUGAAAUCGGAGUGUGAUGUGUGCUCACUUUGUGAGGUUUCGAGUGAAUGUAGUGCGGAAGUCUUAACUGUGUAUGAUAUUAUUGUAUUGUUGAAAUUUCGUAAUUUAUCAAAAUUAAAUAACUGUUUGGUGUUCGCUACAAUUUUUAGUGGUACAUUUUAAAAGCGCAAGUCGUUUACAUCAAACAACAUUACAAAAAAUUAAAAAUCCCAGAUAUUAAUCGGAGAGACAAAAUAGACAGGGUGACUUUAUAGAGACAACACUAAGUAAGUUAAGGUUACGUUAGCAGUUUUACUUGCCUUUGUCUGAAUCAGCAUCCGUUGUUUAUAAAAACGCGCUUCCAAACCAAACGGUUUACAAUGUCAAAUUGAACUUAUUUCCGAGUUCCGAGUUCGGCGAAAUUCCAAACAGUAUGUAUGUUUGGCUUGUUCAGUCACUGCCGUAUUUAAAACACUUUUAAUUGUAAGACUUUGAUAAAUCUAUACUAUUUCUAACUUGUUCAAUUUUGUAGUGAUAUUUACUGUGUACCUAAAUGUUUGGAACAAAGUGUACCGAUGUUUGUAUCUUUAGGUUUAAACAUUAUUAUGUGGAUACUCAGUCAGUGUUAUAGAUACUUACCAAAAAUUAAAAAUUUGGAAUCUCUACAUACUUUA